AUGCCGCUUAACAAAAAGCGCAAGUCUGAGAGCGUCUCACUCACUGACGAAGCUGCUACACCUGCAAAGAAGGCCGCACCCGAUGCUUCUGCCACUGCCAUUACCCCUGCUACCCCCGCCACAGGAGAGAAAAGAAAGAGAGGUCGUCCUCGCAAAUACCCGGAGGGCUCAACUCCCAAGCGCCCGGAUGGGCCUAAGAGAGGCCGGGGUCGUCCCCGCAAGGAUCCGUCGGCCAUAGACACCCCCAAGUCAGCCACUCCAAAAGAAGGCAAACGACCAGUCGGGAGGCCCCGGAAAUUUGAAGCCCAGAACGGCACCAAUAGCUCUACAGAAAAGUCCAAGCGCGCCUCCAUAGAUUCCAAAGCAGAGGACAACAGCGGGCGUUCAUACUGGUUGAUGAAAGCAGAACCCGAGUCCCGUCUGGAGAAAGGAGUCGAUGUGAAGUUCUCGAUUGAUGACCUGCGUGCGGCUAAGGAACCGGAGCCAUGGGAUGAUAAUUCUUACCAAGAAACAGCACGAAACCAUUUGCGCGAGAUGAAGGUCGGCGACUACGCUUUUUUCUACCACUCUAACUGCAAGGUUCCUGGCAUUGCCGGGGUUAUGGAGAUUGUUCGCGAGCACUCGACGGAUGAGUCGGCCUUUGACCCCGCGCAUCCAUAUUACGACGAGAAUUCCAAGAGGGAAAGCCCCAAAUGGGUUGUCGUGCACGUUAAGUUCCAACGCAAGCUGACGAACCCGAUCACACUCAAUGAACUCAAGGCCCACGGCGGCGAGGGCGGUGCGCUUGCAAACCUUCAGAUGCUGAAACAGUCGCGGCUAAGCGUCUCCGCCGUGAAUGCGAAGGAAUGGGAUUUUAUUAUGGGUCUAGCCGAAGGGGAG